ACGACUUCCCUCUGACGAGAGCGUUUCGUAAUCGAUAUUAUAUUCACUUGUAUAACGUAUAUAUCUUUAUCUGCUGUAGUAAUCAAUUUAGAGCGGUGAGUAAGGUUGAUCCUGGUUGAUCAAAAAAUGGACUCCACAGUGCAAGAGCACAUUCCAGACCUGCAGCUGAGUCGUGAUUAUGGGAACACACUGGACACCCUUCAGCCACCCGUGCUAACCGACAAUGCUGAGCCCAACACAGAGCACUCACCACAUGUUGAAUCCCAGACAUUGUUUCUAAGCAGAAGGAAGUUGAACGAAAUCCCUGAAACUAUUCUAAGACAUAGAUCACUAAAGGAGUUAUAUCUUGAGGGCAACAAGUUAAUCAAUCUUCCAGAUUCAAUGUUUGUACGUUUACCCCACCUGGUGUGGUUGGACCUCAGAAAUAACCUAAUUGGAUCACUUCCAGCUGGAAUAGGCUCUCACAGGUAUCUGAAAACACUGCUGCUGGAGGGAAAUCCUAUCUCAGAGCUUCCCCCAGAGCUUGGUAAUGUUCUUUCCCUCAAAGGCCUGAACCUGAGAAAUUGCCCCAUCCGCUCCCCCCCUAAGGACAUUGUGCACCAGGGGCUGGAGUGUAUCCUCCAGUACCUGAGGAGCGCCAUGGCCGAGCGCCCGGUCAGUGUCCAGAGGUCUCAUCCAGACGGGCCCCCCGUGGAGAAGCUCCGGCUGUCAGCGCUGGUGAGGUCGAGUUUGGAGUCGUGUGGCGAAGACGAAGAGGAGGAGGAAGAGCAGGAGCUUCAGAGGUUCAAGGAGCUUAAGAACAAGAUGAUCCUGCUGGACAGUGCUGAGCUUGGCUCCAGCUCCCCCAGUACCACACGGUCGCAAGGAAGCCUGCCAGUUGUCAAGAGCCAGUUUGGGAGGUCGGGAAAAAGGAAAACGGCAGCGGAGGAAGAACUGAAGGAAAAGCAAGAGCUUCUUGAACAGAAGAAAAAGGACCAGGAGCUUCUUCAGAAAUGGCGCACUGACGCAAAGGUCAUGCAGGCGCAGAAGGCAGCGAGGCUGGAGCAAGAGAGACGAGAGAACCAAUUGAAAGAGGCAUUGGAGAAGAAGCUCUCCAAUAGUUCUCCCAACCCAACCCAACGGCAGCAGAGGGCCCCUUGGAGCCACAAAGAGCAGGAGGAGGCCAGGUCAUUUGGAGUGAUUGAAGAUGGGAUGUGA